UCUAGCCAAUUUCCAAGGUUUCUACACAUCUCUCUUGUUCUUUUCCAUUCAAUAAUCUCCCUCUAUUUUCUAAGUUAACAUCAUGAUCAGUUCAAAGAAGCUUAUCAAGCUGGCCAAAAAAUGGCAGAAAUUUGCUGCCAUCCGAAGAAAGAGGAUUUCAUUUCCAAGUCUAAAUGAUGACACCGAUUGCUGCAGUACUUCUUCUGCAGUAAGCGAGGGUCACUUUGUUGUCUACACAGAUGAUCAAAAGCGGUUUGUUGUUCCUCUAUCUUAUCUCGAGAAUGAGACUAUUAGGCAACUCUUGAACAUGUCAAAAGAAGAAUUUGGACUUCCAAGCGAUGGGCCUAUUACACUGCCAUGCGAUGCAGCAUUCAUGAACUACAUCAUUUCACUUCUUAGCCGAGGGUUAUCCAAAGAACUUGAGAAUGCAUUGCUCAUCUCAUUCACUUCAUCUCGAUGUUCAUUAGCUUCGUUGCACCAAGAAGGGUGGAGAAAUCAGGAAUUGGUAGUUUGCUGAUAUUAAUCUCAAUUAAUUUUGUAAAUGAGGAUAUCAGUUGUAGCUCAAUACAUGAUGUGAAAUGUACAUAAAUCCAAUACAACAAUACUUGAUAUCCAAUAUGUUCAGUUCAGUAUUCUUCGUAGAAAAUUCAAAUAUUUUCAUUGCUUUCA